AUGCUUAUAUAUUUUCGCAUUUUUGGUCUUUUUGGCUAUAUAUUUUCGCAUUUUUGGUCUUUUUGCUUAUAUAUUUUCGCAUUUUUGAUCCUUUUGCUUAUAUAUUUUCGCAUUUUUGGUCCUUUUGGCUAUAUAUUUUCACAUUUUUGGUCUUUUCAUGAGUCUCUUUUUUUCUUUUACUUUCGUGGCCAUGGGAUUGUUGUGUUAGAACAUCUUGGGCAUAACCUCAAAAAGUAUAUGAAAUCCUGCGGAGGAUCUCUUCCCAUUGGUGAGGUCUAUGUAUUGGGGAAAGCCCUUGUAAAACUUUUCCAAGAUAUCCAUGACCAGGGUGUCAUUCAUUGCGAUGUCAAACCUGAAGAUAUCCUUCUCUGGGUUAAUGGGAAGUUGCAACCUUAUUUGGUGGAUUUUGGUCAUGCGAAGCUCUACCACGACCAGACCAGGAAACACAAGCUGAGAUCAGUUAUGUGGAGGAUCCAGAUUAUUCAUACCUGGAGAAUAUCCUAA